GCUCCUUCAACAACAACAGCUCGUCAGACACCUCGGUAGCUUUCUGGCCAACAUAGCUGAAACAUUCACGCUCUUUAAACUGUUUUGGUGUUUUAAAGUUCUGUCGUUUAGCUAGUUACCUUAUGUAAUGUUAUAUGUACAUUGUUACUCACCUAGCUGGCUUAAUAAGUUAGCUUAGAGCUCGGCUAGUCGCUAAUGCUACCUAGCUAACAUCCCCGACCAUGAGUUCACUGAGCUGCUCUCCUCCUGCUAAAGAAGAGGAGGUCUGCUGGACGGAGAAAGAGGGUCUGUGGCUGAACGUUGUCAUGAAAGAGGAGAAAGAAGAGGAGGAUGUCACCGUUAAAAAACAAGUAGAGGUUGAGUCUGUUCCGGUUAAAGACGAAGAAAAAUACGUUACUGUGAAAGAAGAGGAAGACGCGUUCAGAGUGAAAGAGGAGGAGGAUGUUACAGUAAAAGAAGAGGAGCAAGAGGAGGAUGCAGGAGAGGAGGGGGAGAUUACUGUCACAUUGAAAGAAGACGACGACGAGGAGGAGACAGAAGAUCUGAUUAAGACCAGAGAGAGACCAGACUCUCACUCUGACAGCGGAAAGAGUCCUUCAGGGGAACCAGACCCAGAGACGCCCAAACCAGGGAGACAACACCACUGCUCCCAAUGUGAAAAGAGAUUUUCCAAAUCAGGGGACCUAAAACGGCAUGAGAGGAUACACACAGGGGAAAAGCCUUUCCAAUGUUCCCAGUGUGGAAAGUGUUUUAACCGCUUAAGCAACCUGAAGGCGCAUGAGAGGAUACACACACAUUAUUUCCAAUGUUCCCAGUGUGGGAAGCGUUUUGCCUGUUUAAGCAGGCUGAAGAGGCAUGAGAGGACACACACAGGGGAAAAUCCUGUCCAAUGUUCCCAGUGUGGAAAGAGUUUUACCCACUUAAGGAGCCUGAUGACGCAUGAGAGGACACACACAGGGGAAAAUCCUUUCCAAUGUUCCCAGUGUGGAAAGCAUUUUACCCGCUUAAGUAGCCUGACGACGCAUGAGAGUAUACACACAAGGGAAAAGCCUUUCCAAUGUUCCCAGUGUGGAAAGAGUUUUACCCGCUUAAGGAGCCUGGAGGAGCAUGAGAGGAUACACACAGGGGAAAAUCCUGUCCAAUGUUCCCAGUGUGGAAAGCGUUUUACCCGCUUAAGGAGCCUGGAGGAGCAUGAGAGGACACACACAGGGGAAAAGCCUUUCCAAUGUUCCCAGUGUGGAAAGAGUUUUACCCGCUUAAGUAGCCUGAAGAAGCAUGAAAAGAUACACACAGGGGGAAAGCCCUACCAAUGCUCCCUGUGUGGAAAGAGUUUUACCAACUUAAGACAUCUGAAUAAGCAUUCAUCUACCAGUGCUCACAUUGUGGAAAUACAUUUUCCUGUUCAGAGGACCUGAAAACACAUGAGAGAAUAUAGAGGCUGAUUUCUGACUUAUGUUUUUGACCUGAGAAUUUAGGUUUUUGUUUAUGCCAAAUUAAAUCAUAUUGUUUACAUGAAAUCAUUGACAAAAUAGACCUACUUUUUUCAAGUUUUCAUCUGGAGAUGAUAAAUACUAUAAAUGAUAAAUACUAUACAAUGGAUUAACUUUCAUCAAUUGCAUAGGAGUAUAAACCCCUCUAAUAUUGUUCAUUAUAUUUUUGGAAUAUUGCUAAAUGUUAAUUAUUAUAUAGAUGAAUGGAGUUUUGGAUUUCUUGAUUCUAACCUUAAACUUCUUGGAUUGGAUGUGAUCUGGCUUUUCGCUAAAUGAAUUUGAUUUGAAUACAUGAUUUAGAUAUUGCACCAUGUACAUUAUGGAAUGAAUUAAUAGAAUGUGCAUUUCUUGAUUUUGAACAUUGAAACCUCUUGAAUUCAGUCGUUUUGUUUCAUUGAGUUCAUUUGUUUACUUGUCGUCAAGAUAAAGAACAAUGAAAAUGUGAUGGCGUUUUUAUAACAGCAUUGACUACUACCUGAAAAACAUGAAUGUUCCCACCAAUUCCACUAUGUAGAAGCAGUAUAGACUUGUUACAUUUACAUUUAAGUCAUUUAGCAGACGCUCUUAUCCAGAUCCAUGUGUUGUUUAAGUGUUUCCUUUAUUUUUUUGAGCAGUGUAUAUUCGCGUCACCAAAUUAUGUAUUAAAAGACUGCGUUAAAAUGAAGGCAGUAGCCACAACAGCACUCUGUUGGGUUGCACCAGUGUUGGAAAAUAGUACCCAAAUUGUCAUACUUGAGUAAAAGUAAAGAUAAUUUAAUAGAAAAUGACUAAUCACCCAGUAAAAUUCUAGUAAAAGUCUAAAAGUGUUUGGUUUAAAAUAUACUUAAGUAUCAAAAGUAAGAAUAUAAAUAUGUUCAAAUCAGAGCUCUGUUGUUAUUACAUUUACAUUUACAUUUAAGUCAUUUAGCAGACGCUCUUAUCCAGAGCGACUUACAAAUUGGUGAAUUCACCUUCUGACAUCCAGUGGAACAGCCACUUUACAAUAGUGCAUCUAAAUCAUUAAGGGGGGGGGGGGUGAGAAGGAUUACUUAUCUUAUCCUAGGUAUUCCUUGAAGAGGUGGGGUUUCAGGUGUCUCCGGAAGGUGGUGAUUGACUCCGCUGUCCUGGCGUCGUGAGGGAGUUUGUUCCACCAUUGGGGGGCCAGAGCAGCGAACAGUUUUGACUGGGCUGAGCGGGAACUGUACUUCCUCAAUGGUAGGGAGGCGAGCAGGCCAGAGGUGGAUGAACGCAGUGCCCUUGCUUGGGUGUAGGGCCUGAUCAGAGCCUGGAGGUACUGCGGUGCCGUUCCCCUCACAGCUCCGUAGGCAAGCACCAUGGUCUUGUAGCGGAUGCGAGCUUC